AGUUGCUCAUCGAUUGCUCGAUCGACACUAGCCGCGAGCUGGAAAGAAGAACAAAAAUUCAAGCAAGAGGAGCCAAGCCAAGCGAGCAAAGAAAUCGCAAGCAAUCACGAGAAAGCACGCGCUACGCAAGCGCCUCCAGGUAUUUAAUCCAUCCAGGGAGGAGAAAAUGCGCGCGACGCGAUCAAAAACGAGGUGGAAGAAAGGGUUCUUCAAGAAUGCGUGUAGCGUUGGGAACGAUUAUAGCGCCGCUGCCGCUGCGUCCGUGCGCUGGAAGAGUGCGAUGCGCCACUGAGGCAUCGGAGAAUGGCUCCCUUGUUGGCAAGCGCAGGGGCCCAAUCGUGGCUGAUAUUCCCCUGGAGCAAAUACGAAGGCCGCUACUCCGGACUCGAUCAAACGAUCCCGACAAAGUGAAGUCGCUCAUGGACAGCAUUGCGGAGAUCGGCCUCCAAGAGCCCAUCGAUGUCUUGGAGGUUGAUGGGCAGUACUAUGGAUUUUCCGGGUGCCAUCGAUUCGAAGCACAUCAAAAGCUCGGCCUUCCAACGAUCCGGUGUAAGAUCCGGAGAGCGACCAAAGAAACUCUCAGACACCACCUCCGGUGAAACUUGGAAUCUCGCGAGCUUCGAAAAAAUCGCGACCUCUGCGACAAAGAAAAGAAGAAAGAUCUGGAGAACUUAAGGUAGUAUCUCAAUCUGUGAACUGAUCAAUCUGUUCUUAUCUACAGCGUCUAGCUUGUUUAUUUCUACGUUAAAUUCACUCGUCGAGUUAAAGACUGUC